GGCGAGCCCCGCCAGUCCGCCUCUCUCCAGCCGCCAGGUUCAUUUGUUAGUGGCGUGUGAACUGUCGGAUGUGUGGGUAGUAGCAGAGUCUGUGUCGCUUAUUUAUUUAAACAAAAAAUUGAAAAAAUUAUAGUGAUUGUAUGAAGGAGUUGGCUAUUAUCUGUGUUACUUAGAUCUACGAAUCUUAUUGCUAAUUUUUAAUUGUAAUUUUUUCUGGUGCCUGAGUUAUUCAUUUAAGUCGCCAAAAUGCUGAAAUAUUUAGCAGCAGCGAAAGUAUUAAAGAAACACAAUGCCCAAGUGGAUAAUGCAGUGUUCCACCUCCAUUACCGAGUGACCUUUGUGGUAUUUAUCGUCUCUGGCGCUCUGGUGACAGCCAAGGAAUUAAUAGGUGCCCCUAUCCAGUGUAUUUCGAAGGCCGUGCCAACAAACGUUCUCAACACCUUUUGCUUCAUCAUGUCAACCUUCAGCGUGCCAAGGCACUGGGACAAGCCCUUAGGCGAUGGGGUGGCGUACCCUGGCGUGGGCAUGCACGAGGAUGAGGACGAGAUAGUUUACCACGCCUACUACCAGUGGGUACCAUUUGUACUGGUACUUCAGGCCAUCAUGUUCUAUGUGCCCCGCUACUUGUGGAAGAAUAUGGAGGGCGGGCUGUUCACCACCAUCCUGGCAGGCCUAGACAAACUCAACUUGGAUGAGAGUGCACGACACAAGAAGCACAAGGUCCUCUCGCAGUACAUGAUCAAGCACCUUCACAUGCACAUGAACUGGGCUAUAAGGUUCUUCCUGUGUGAGGCGCUGUGUCUGGUGGUGGUGGUGGGCAACAUAUACUUCACUGACCUCUUCCUCGACGGCACCUUCAUGAAGUACGGCACCGAGGUCAUCAACUUCCCUGAUAUGGAUCCCGAGAAGCGCGUCGACCCCAUGACUCGCAUCUUCCCCCGCGUCACCAAGUGCACCUUCAGGAAGUUCGGGUCGUCUGGCACGUUAGAGACUCACGACACCAUGUGUGUGUUGGCCGUGAACAUCAUCAACGAGAAGAUCUACAUCUUCAUCUGGUUCUGGCUGGUCUUCCUCACAGCCAUCACCGCCGCCUGGCUCAUCUACCGCCUCAUCAUCAUCGCUUCAUCUGAGGUCCGCUUCAAGCUCCUGCAGGUUCGUGGCAGUUGGGCAGGUAGGCCAAACCUGGACCUGAUUGCCAAGAAGUGCAACCUAGGUGACUGGUUCCUCAUAUAUCAUCUUGGCCGCAAUAUGGAGCCACUGGUCUAUGCAGAGUUUCUUAAGGAAUUUGCCAAGGAAUUAGAAAACUCGGUGUCUACAUUGGAACGAAAGCCUAUGUUAGUUGGGAGUUAAUGAUGUAAACUCAAGGUAUGUGGGUCGAAAUCUGUACUGUAUUUCUAUAUACAGUAAUCUGAUCAUAAGUUAGCAGGUUGAAAGUACUGUAGUCUCUAGUUUGGAGUUACAGAAUAUUGAAUCCUUCCGAGAUUAGAAAUUGGUGUGUUUCAUGUUUCCUCGCUGAAAGUUUAUUUUAGUUAAACUGCAGGUUUAUGAUAUCAUGUAGUAAAUCCUUCUUUUUUAUUUAUUAGUUGUAAAAAUUUAAAUUUUGAGUAGUGUACAAUUGAAGCUAUGCAUCAUUUGAUGCAAAACUUCUCAAGGUUAGAGGAAUUGUUACCAUUGUGAUUCACACCACAAUGAGAUUCAAACAUGUAGUGAUGAAGAAUAUUUUAUCCACUGCCUUCUAAAAUCAGAAAAUAUGUAUCAUGUUUAUUUAUUAAUGUUCUGAAGAGCUGAGAACUGAUGCAUUUAUAGUUACUCCACAGAAAGAGGUGCAAUGUAGUGAUGGUUGAUGGUAUCGAGUUUAUUAGACGUGAUGCAAUGCAGUGCUGAGCAUUACCAUUAUCAUUUAUUCAGCAUGAUUCCUAUAUCCUCUUUGCUACUUGUUAUCUUACAAACUGAUCAGGUAAAUUAGUUCUUGUUAUUGAUUCAUUCAUUUAUUGCUCAUCUUUACAAUGUAGAGAGGAGUGAUCCUGGCAUUUGCAUUUGCUUCCACUCCUGUAUCCACACACUGAUUUGUUUUAUUUCUGGAUGAGCUAUUUAAUCACACAUUACCUCUUUUUUUUUA